UCUUUUUCUCUCCGUUUCUCCCACUCCGCUUUGCUGCGCGCUUCGUGAUGAUGAGGUUUUGCCUUCUUCUUGUUCUUCUUUACACGUCCUCCAACGGCGUGUCGGGGAGGGGGUUAGUCGGGAAAGAGGGGGGCAACAGAGGCAGCAGGGUGGAGGCACGGUCUGCUGCCGCCGUCGCUGCUGCUGGCUUGCUGUGUGUGUGCAUGCAGCUCUGUUCGUCGUCGUCGUCGCGUCGUUUCAUUCAAGUGUCCAACGUUUGCCGGAGCGGUCAUACAACGGUACUUCGACGGUUCGCAAUUCUCUCUCGCUCGAGCCGUAAGGGAAUACGGGGAGGAAACAGUCGGAGAGUUGGCCAUUGCACACGCCCCCUUGGAAAAUCCGUUAGUUAGCAUGAAGGAUGUGAAAGUGGCGCGCGCAAUAAGCGAAUCCUCGACCACGUCCGAUAACACCUCCGACUUCAUCGAGAUCGUCAAGAAGUACGAUGUGGUGUACAACAAUCACAAUCCCGACUACAAGAACGUGGAAGUCAAGCUAAAGGUGUGGACGCAAAUCGCCGACGAGAUUGGUCUCUCAGUGGAGGCUUCUAAGCGAAAAUGGAAGAAUCUAAGGGACAGCUACACAAAGUAUCUGCGUUCGUUCCGCGUCGGAACCAAGACAUCCAAGAAGUACCAGUACUGGGCCCAUGCCGACCACAUGGAGUUCCUUAAGCCCUUCCAGGGUCCAGGCCGAAACUCUGCCAAUGGCAAUGGCAAGUCCAAUGACGAGGACGACACAGAGUGUGAUUUCGGUUACCAAGUCCUGGCCAAGGCGGCCAGCAAUGGAGGCGAGGAUGAACUGAAGAUCACCAUUGCCACAGCUUCGGCGGGCUGCUCUUCGAUUGGAACGCACACGGUUAAUACGUAUACCACGGCUUUAAGCAGCACGUUGGCACCAGCUCCAACGUCCAGUUUAGGCGUGGCCACGCCUCCCAACAUGAUCUCGCCGGGCAGCAAUUUGGGUGGAGGAUCAGGAUCCGGUGGAGUGGGUGUGCUGAAUCACAAUACCAAUAGCAAUGGAAGCGCCAACGGGAGCCUCAACUGUGCUGCAGUUGCACCGCUUAGUUCCCUCACACCGCCAGCCACCAGUGGCUGCAAUUCCGCCGUCGUCCUGCCCCUGCCCAUCUCACCUGCUUCCUCUGCAGCUGCCGCCGCCGCUGCUGCUGUCAGCAAGGCCAACGCGAAUGCUCUUGCCUCGUUGGCCACCCACCUGCCCAUGGGCAUGGGCGUGGGAGGAUUGGCGCAGCAGAUGUUUCCGUUGGCCACGCUGAAGGCUGCCGCAGUGGCUGCGGGACUGCCACUGCCGCCCACUGUCACCCCGCCUGGCUGCAGCAGCUCCAGCGGGCCCAACAGCAAUGUUGGCUGUCUGAUCAUCGAGCCACAUCUAUUCGCCGCCGCGGAUAACUUCAAGAAGGAACUUACUGCAGCGGCUGCGGCCGGAGCUCCGUUGGGACUAUUCCAGAAUCUGGCCAAUCAAGUGCAAAAUGCCAAUCGCUUGAAUGGCGGCAGCUGUACAGGAGUUACCCUGCCAUUGGGAAACCCCACACCACCUCCGCCACCUCCAGCGCCGCCGGCAUCCAAGGUGCGAAGAGUUCAACCCUCGCCGCAGACGACGGCCAUCAAUCUCAGUUGCUCUGCCGUGGGAACACCCGGUCAAUUCCAACAGCCCCAGGUGCAGAUGCAACAACAGAUCCAACAGCAGCAGCAACCGCAAUCUCCUGCCAAAACGCGCAAGAUUAGCGAUCCGCGUUUCCCCAGCGACUGGGAUGUGUCCGCCGUGCUGCAGGCCAACCGAGAACUGGACGCCAACACCCUGUUCUUUCUGAGUCUCGCACGGCAGGUGCGAGCCAUGCCCAUGAAGUUCCAGUCUCUGGCCAAGAUGCGCUGCAUGCGGAUCGUGAGCGAUCUGGAGCUCGAACUGGAGAACUUUGACUGCAACGGAGGUGCGCCGCCGCCGGACGAUUCGGGCGGAGGAGCUGGUAAUCUGAAGUACUGCAGCAUCGAUACUCCCCCACCGCCGCCGCAGGAUGGUUCAGUGGUGAUCCUACCGCCGCCAGUCGGACCCGAGGGCUCCACGGAGCAUUUUGUGUAUGUGAUGUCGCCGUCGCGGGUCGAGAGUAUGAUCGACAUUUCCUCCGACGAGGAGGCGACAAUGAACGGUGUGCCCUCCUCGACAGUGGGCUCCUCUGGACAGGUUUAAUCUUACUUCGCGAUCGUACAAGCUAUCUCUAAUUUAAAUUAAACUUAAAUUAAUCUCAAAAUAGACGUGCAUCGUUUCGUU